CUAUAUAACAAGCCCCCCUCCCCUCUCCUCUACACCCAUCUACCAUAGAACUCAGCUCCUCACAUUCUACCAUACAAUCCUCUUCAUCCUUCACAAGGAACCGCCAUGGGUCUGUCCGUGAAGGUCUUCGUGGUCCUCCUGCUGCUGCUCGUCGCCACGGAGGAGCAGGGGGGAUCGGUGCAGGUGGCUCUGGCGAGGGAUUGCAAGUCGGAUAGCCACAAGUUCCAUGGGGCGUGCUUCAGCGACACCAACUGCGCGAACGUCUGCCAGACCGAGGGCUUCACCCGCGGCAAGUGCGACGGCAUCCACUGCCACUGCAUCAAGGACUGCUAGAUGCCUAGAUGGCCCUGGCUAGUUUGUUCUCGCGUACUAGAUGCAUGAUUCCAUGUGAUAUUAGCUGAACGAUGGUAGAUCUAUUAUAUGUCUAUGUGUGUAUGCGUGCGUUGAUCUGCGAGUGCUGGUCCUCGGAGAUUGCAUGAAUGAAUAAGGGGAAUUGCAUCA